UGGAGGUGAAGGAGCCCCCUGGCCUGCCUAGGUUUAUCCUGCCUCCUGGCCUCUAGGAGGCCCCUCGUGGCCUGCAGGAGCCCCAUGGCCCGCCACCAUCACCCACACACACUCCCCCCACCACCACCACCAGCCCCCCACCACCCUCCUGCCGUGAGGGAGAACAUAAACACGGGCAUGUUGUUGGAGGAGAGUGUUGGAGUGUGUAGCCUGUGGCUGUGACCCUGAGUGGUAUUAUUGAUCGUUUUGGUGGACAUUAGUCGGGUGCCAGGUGAUGUGACCCCCCCAGCAGGGUGCCAGGGUGGUGGUGGCACUCUCACAUGACCCUAGCAGUGUGUGAGCGUCCUCCUCACACCUCGAGCCUCGUCAAGGCAUGCAUUGAGGAGCAGGAUGAAGCCAGGUGGGCUGUGCUCCCCUUCUAAUGGGAGCAGCAUGCCUUCUGGAGAUGCAGUCAGUGCUCUUCCUACCCAUAAGCCACCAGAUAGCUGUCGGCAGUUCUCCAAGGCCUCUCCAACUUCUAGAGAGGACAAUGCCCAUCUCAUUCCAGACAUGUUAGUAGAACAUGGCCAGGCUGGGUGUCCAACUACCAGUCGCAUCAAUGGUCUCGUCUCACAUGCAGGAUUAUCCAAUGGGGUGUACACAUCCUCUUACAGCUCCAAUAAGGGGCUCCAUUUGCCAUGCCAUGUGCUGUCCCUCCCUCAGACUGAUAAUGGGGAAGGCCAAGGACCGGCAUCAUGCACAGCUCUAAACAUAUUUUCAAGAAGUUCUUGUAGUGCUAAAACAGACACUGUUGCUUCUAACACAUCUUCCCAACCCAUCAACCCUACCUGCUCACUGCCAAAUAUCUGUGGUAAAAGUUUUAAACAGUUGACUAUCAUUACAUCUAAGCAAGAAGAGAAAUCUUCUGCGUCAAUAUGCUAUGAGACCUCGGGUGACUCGUCAAGCUUUUGUUCUAUGGGGAACCCAGAGGUUAACCCUAAGGCAGCUCUUGGUGGAUAUGGAUUAGCAACAGUGUCUGCAAAGUGUGCACCACCUACCUUACCCAGGUGUUUGAAAAGCCCAAAGGGUAGGAGGAGAAUUUCCCUCGAGGAAAUGGUAAAAAAGUUACAUAACCGCACCGAAGCUAAGAAAAAUGGCCCUAAUGUGUUGCAAAGUUUCUCUGCAUUUAACACUGUCAAGUGUGACGAGGUACAGGAGAAAUCUGAGGACUGCUUACAUAAAGAUAUGUCUUGUUUAUUGUCUAAAAGUGACUCUGGGGUGCAGAGUGGACGAAGUGUCCAGAAAAUAUGUGAUAACAACAACACUGCCAUAAUUGUUAAUGCUCACCAGAGUAAGGAUUCUUCCAGUACGGACAUUAAUAGUAAAAGUGAUUCAAGAAACCCUUGCUGUAGUGGAGAAACUUCUUCAACAGUUUGUGAAAGAACUCCUGAAGUUUCUGUGAAUCAAUCACACGAAAAACAAGAUAAUAGCCAAAUUGCUGCAGCCGAUAAUGUGUCCUUAAGACUUCCAAUUACCAGUAAUACAAAUACAAAUGUGUGUAACAGUGAUAGUGCAACAGAAUUGUGUGCUGAAAAUAUUUCAGAUUUAGAGGCUACCAAUGUUGAUGUCUCUUCCUCUUUGCCUGGUCACUUAGUGGAAAAUCAUGAACAAACUAGAGUAAAGGAUUUUGGUCGUGAUAUAAUCAGAACAGAAGGUAGUGUAGAUAAAGUAGAUGUUAGUGCAGGAAAAUGUAAAGAUCCACAAAUUAAAAAUGUGCUCAAGAUUCAGUGUAAUAAGGAAAAGUGCUUCUCAAAGGACUUUAAAUAUAAAAGUGACCAGCAUUUCGGUACGAACACUGAGGCUGUUUCUUGUGAGGUAUCCUACAGAAACAUUAAAGACUCUGAAGAAAGACAUUCCAACAGUCUAUUACAAGUGGCAUCUAAUGUGGCGAGUCAUGAGAGUGCUGUUGACUUAACACUGGGGGCUAAACAUGUUGAGGGUAAUAGUGCAAAAAUCCUUGAAAAUGUAAAAUCUGAAUGCAGUGAAAAUGGUAAUGAUGUAUUUUUGGGGAAAGGACAAAGUUCUGAUAAUAGUGAUGGUGGAUCCACUGAAAUAGAUAAAAGAACAAGUAGCACUCCUUUAAUGACAAGUAAAAAUGUUGAUUUGUGCAGUGGAAAAGGAACACAGACACUAUGCGACAGUGCUCGAGAAAUGGAUUUAUCCAAAACAAAUGAUGAAUCUAAUGUUCCAACAUCUCUCGUGAGCACCGAGUGUGAAAGUGUGCAAUACAAGUACUUGGAACCCAUUUCGGAUGAUGAAAAUUCUCUCCUUUGUGCUCCUUUAUCUUCAGGCCUUUCUUCUGUCUCAGGUUUUCAGAGCAACUCCAAUACACCCAUGUUCUCGGAUACUCCUUCAGAUGCGUCACGGGGAACACUCAUGGUCAGAAUUUCCGAUGCAGUGGCUGCAAUAUUGUCGGAUGUGUCUGAUGAAAGCCUUCCCGUUUCUCCACUGGCAAGUAAUUCUAAUUCUGUGGAUGGUUUCCAGUCUUCAUUACCAGGUGAGAAACUAACUAAGAAAAUUGGUAGUAUUUGUGAGAGAUUGGACAAAGAGUACCUGAAGGACACCAGUACACAUUCUAUGCCCGUAGAAAACUCUACCAUGCUACUGAGUAAUGUGGACUCGGAAAAUUCUGUUGAUGAUAAUUGUGAUAAAAAAAGAACUACUUUAGAGGUUUGUAUCUCAGAGAAGAUCAAAUCUAUUAAGAAUAUAAGUAGUGAUAUUGUUCAGCCUGAGUUAUGUUAUGGUGAAAUUCAGAAACGAGCAGAUUUAGUUACAGAUACUUCAACUUCGUUAUAUUCGAUAGAAUCUGGGAAGUGUGUGUCUCGUGAAAAUGUUUUACAAGCAAAAAGUACAUGUAAAUUGCCUUCUAUUGUUACACCAAAUGAACCAGUUACAGAAGAGGAAGGGUCUGAAAAUCGGCCACAGCAAACAUACAUAUCAGCAUUAACUUGUGUUAAAUCAGAUUCUUCUGUCAAGCUUGCAGACAAGAUGGCCAUGUGUGAUAGUCACAAUAAGUGUGUUAAGUCUUCUUGCUCUGUUUCUGGAUUGUUAAGUGAUGUUACUAACACUGGCCAGUCUUCGUCUUAUUUAAUUGCUUCAUCAGAUAAAUUUGUAGAUCUUAGCUCACUCUCGCAGGUACCUUUAAAAGAUUUAGGCACUAAUAAUUGUAGUAACAUGUCCAGUACUGGUGGUAAUUUAUGCCAAACCUUUAUCUCAGGAUCUCAAACCAUUUCUAGUCAAACCCAAAACUGCAAUACAUCACGAAAAGAGAAGGAUAAUGCAGCUGGCUGCCUCCAAGAAAUAUCCAACACUGCACUGGAUAAUUUAACUGGAAGUGGAAAGUCACCUGUGCCUAUUAGUGAUGAUUUUCCUCGUCAAAAGUGCACCACACACCUUGAAAACCAGUCACCUUGGAAAUCAGUGUUGGGAGAGGAUAAUUCAUCGCUAGAGUCUGCCUUAAAAAUUUGCUGUGUUCCCCCCAUUUCUUUAAAAGGCAGUAACCAGCUAUCAUUAGUGCCUGUUGUGGAAUUGGAAAAAGAUUCAUGUCUACUUGGAAACAGAGAAAAUGUUCCUUUAAUCUGUGACAAAGAAGCAAAGCCCUGUAUAAGUAUGAUUGAAUCGGCUGAUAACGUAGAUAAUCUUUUAUUAGCAAAAUCAGGGAUAUUGAAGCUUAGUGAGGUUUCCAAUUCUCCUGUAAGACAAAGUUGUACAUCUGUAAAAUCUGUUUCAAAAGAGGUUCCAAUUAUUUGUAAAUCACAUGCUGCUGAGGUGCCUCAAGAUUUGUCUGUAAAAUGCAUUUCUGGGGAUAUUCAUUCAACACAAGAGUAUGCCUUACGGAUUGGUUCUUUAAUAGAAAAAUCUUCACAAGAGCCCAUAUCAUUAUUAAGGAACACCAUUGUUCAUGGUUCUGCAUUACAAGAUUGCACUGUUAAAAAGGAUUAUUUCUUGGAAAAUCAAACUGAUAUAACCCCCAAUUUAGAGGCAUCAUUGCAAAGAACAAGUCUUUCAUCCGAGUGUGAUGGGAGUCUAUUGGCUCCUGAGAAGAUAAGUAUCAACGAUGAUGCAAAAGCUGGUCUUAUUAAUGAAGAUGAUUAUGUAAUCGGCUCCUCUCACACUGGUGGAGGAAUAUCUUCUGUACAAUUUACAGGAGUUAUUUCUAAAGAGUCUGGAGGCGAUCUUUCUGUAUUACAGCUUGCCAAAGAGACUCCUUCAUUAAAAGAGGUUUUAAUUAAAAGAAAAGAUUGCCCAGAAGAAUUAUAUAGCAGUAAAGAGUGUCAUUCAAAAGAUUGCCAUGUCGGUGAUGCAGAUGUUUUGUCAGAAAUGCUUGACAAGAGUAAACUGCCAGUAGUUACUACAAAAGAAAGAUGCCCUUCAGUACCAUUGAGCUCGAAUAAGAGUACCAUGUCCAAUGAAAUUCUUGUAAGUGAAGCUAACUAUUCUGCUGGAUCCGCUACAAAGGAGGUGAUUUCAAAAGUGCCUAUCACAGAUGUGAAAAGUUCCUUAUUCAUUUCAAAUAGCACACAGAAUUCAGUUGUCUCUCCUCAUAUAUUUACCACAGUAGUUCCCAUAGACAAAUCUGAAUCCCUUGACCAAGAUAGUUACAAGAGUCCCUCUGAAGUAGAAUUGAACACUAAUUUACCCUGUUCUCAGAUUUCCACUACCUCGGACAAAGCCACUCCUCACGAAGAGUCUACCUCUCCCAGUGUCCAUGGCUCAUUCAGAAAUGCCUCGGAAUACAGUCGUCCAAAAAGUAAAUGUUAUCCACCAGAUGGAGCAAGUGGAGGUCUUGCUCAUUCUGAAUGUGCAAGUAGUUCUUUUUACACAAAUUUAGUUAUUCAGAGUACACUGCAGGAAAAUGAUUGUCACACUGUAGGUGAAAUUAAUCAUGGCCUUCCCAGUAUUGUUAAGAAUGCUCCUGAAGUUGUCCGUCCAUCACUCGAGGAUAUUGAAGCUAGCUGUUUACCCGCCGAGGUGAGAGUGAGUAGCCAACUAGUUCCUGCAGCUAAAUCUUCAAAGGAUCUUACAUCACUAGUUGGUACUAUGGAUGAGUGUGUGUUGACAUGUCAUAAUGACACUAAAGUAAGUCACCUACAGGCUGCUGCUGUGGUUGAAAAUAGCCAUUCAGUUCAUAAUACCAUGGGAAUUAUGCACAUUCCAGCUGCUGCCAACAAUACUCGGAACCCAUCAACUACUGAUACUGAAAUUAGUCAACCUGCUAACAAUGUUAGCCUGUCAUCUGAAGUCACUGAUGGUGCUUGUUCUUUAGCCCAUGUCUUUGAAAACAAGCAUCCACCAAUUUUGAGUGCUGAUAUCGGCCACUCGUCAAUUGGUAUUGCUGAAGAUAGCCACACAUCAUUUGCUGCUACUGAUCUCAGUUACCCAUCAAUUAGAACCACUGAAGUCACCCAUCCACCACGUAAGACCACUGAAGGAGCCCAGCUACUAGAUAAGACUAAAGAAGUAUAUACUCUACCAGUUGAUAUUAAUGAACUUGUGCACCGAUCAGCUGAGAGCACUGAAAUUACCUUUCCAUUGGGUGAGAGCACGGGAGUCACCCAUCCAUUAACAGAUGCGGUUGAAGUUGCUCAUCUAUUAGUUGAAGCUUCUGUCACCCAUUCACCAGCUAAGCCUACUGAAGUCCCACAUCUUCCUGUUGAAACCACUGGCAUUCAUCCAUCAUUUGAGGCUACUGUAGUUACUCAUAAUGAGUCAAAUGCAGCUAUCAGUCUAUCUGAAGGAACCAAAGUUAACCAGUUAUCAGAUAAAUCUAUAAAAAUGGAUGAGCCAUUGACCAAAGUCAGCAAACUUAACCACCUCUUAACUGGAGUUGCCCUAAUUAGUUACCCAUCAUACGAGGCCACUGAAACUGGCAUCCCACCUUCCAGAAUCUCAUCAGCUGGAACCCUUAAAGUUAGUCAUCCAACAAUAGAUGAUAACAUUAAAAUCAACCUGUUAUCUGAGGAAUUUAAUAUCAUUCACCCACCAUCGCCUAAAGCCACAGAAGUCGUCUGCCCAUCAGCUGAGAUUAGUUAUCUGGAAGAAACCAACAAACAAUUAACUAUGUUCGAUAAUAGACUUAUCACACAUCUAGGGAUUAGUGACAGACCCAACAUGGUUUGUCCAGAAGGUGAUAUCAGACAAGCCAUCACUCUUCUUGAGGCAAAUGACAGAUCAUAUGCUAUUCGUCCAAAGGUUAAUAGCAAAUCGGGUAUCUCUCAUUUAGAGGUUGAUGACAAACCAGAUACUGCACAUCCAAAGCCUGAUAGACCAGACAUUACCCCUCCAGGGGCUGAUGUACAGCCUGGUAUCACCAGUUCAGAGGUUGAUGGCAAACUAGACAUGACGCAUCCAGAUAAUGUUGGACCAGCACCUUAUUUCAUUGCUGACUUGAGACAUCAAGCCAAAGAUAAAGUCAAACAUCUGGGAGCUAAAGUCACCACUGUAUUCAAUCCUCCAGCAUCUGAAAUCACUACUGCAGUUAAAUAUAAAUUUUCUGACCCAACUGCUGAAGCUAAAUGUACAACAGAUGGAGCCAAAUAUACAAGAGUUAAAGCCUUCACAGAUGUCAACAAUGUAACUGAAGCCCCAACUCAGAUCGGACACCUCAAACCUAUAGCUAAUACUGAAAUUGUAUUUAAACCAGCUGAUGCUAAUUGUGCAAUAUCUAAAAAUAUGACUGAAAUUAAACAUGCAGGAUCUGAAGUGAUUAUUGAAGGUCAACCUAAAGCAUCUGAUGCCACUUUUGGUGUGAACUGUCCAUAUAUUGAAAGUAGCUCUCAGUUUGUAAGCAGUUCUGAACUUGGCCAUUUACUAGCUGAAGCCAUAAAUAUAGUCUGCCACACAACAGAUGAAGAAGUCAAUCAUAGAAUGGUUGGUGAAACCACUGUUCGAAGUGGUUAUCCAAUAAUUGAUGAAAUCGCCAAGAUUGGACGUCCAUCAGGUUUUGAAAUCGCUGCAAAAGCAAGUCGCAAAACAAUUGGCAAAGUUGCUUCUGAAAUCUGCCAGUCAAGCUAUGAGAAUAUUGAAGUCAGCAAUCCAACAACUAUUGAAGUCACUCCCAGCUAUCCAAUAGAUGAUAUCACUUCUGAUGUUAGCCACUCGAUUGAUACAGAAGCAACUUCUAAAGUCAACCAGCCAGUAUUUGAAGAAGUCACCGCUAAAGACAACCAGGCAACAGAUAAUGAAGUCACUGCUGAUGGAAAUCAUCCAUUAAGUGAUGAAAUUUUUGCUGAAAGUAGUCCUGAUCUGUUGGAGGUUAGUGCAGAAUUUAGCCAUCCAUCAGCUGAAGAUUCCACCCAAGCCUGCUAUCCACUGUUUAAAGCCAGCACUGAGACAAGUUAUCAACCCCUUGAAACUGCAAAUCAAGUAAUCCAGUCAUUCCCCAAACCCACUUUAGAUUAUAAAUUGAAAGUUUCUUCUACAAGUCGUGUAGGAACAGGUUCAUGGACGGAUCCAUCUCUAGAUGGUGAUAAAUUACAGUUAGUAAUGUUUAAGCGCAAGACAUUGAUCGAUUCCUUUCAAGUUGGUCAAAGUCUUAGGCAUCCACUUUGUGAUGAAUUUUAUAAUAUAGAUAAAAAUGAAUGUAGAGGAAAUGGUGAAUAUUUAACCGCUGGGAUACUCGGUAAUUCUCUCCAAGCAGUAAAAAGUGGCCUAAUGGGAUCAACUGUAAUAGAAGAUGGAGCUAGCAAAUGCGAUGAAAAAGAUGACAAAGGAGUUUCACUAAGGGUCCAGCCUACCAGCUCUGAAGCAAAUAAUCAUACUAAUCAAGAAACCUCUUUAAAGGAGUCUUUUGAUAUUGAAAAUGAUGGAGAUGGUAAUCAAUUGUUAAAAUUAGCAUCAGUGAAGGAGGAGGUACAACAGUUGACUGAUGAUUCAUCAAGUUCUGUGGAGGUAGAAGUUAUUAAUGAUGGAGUUUUACCAAAUGUGGAUGAAAUUGGUCCUGUUGCUGCUGACACAAGUAGCAGUUCAAGUGACACCUUGAUGAAAUGUAUACCAACAAUCAAAGAUGUUUACAUUAGAGAAGAGCAAGUACUUAUUAGCACGCCUACAGAUACAAAUUCAGUGGGAGAUGUUGAGAUUCUGGAAUUAGAGGCUUUAGAAACUGAAUGUCCAUUGUGCUCUAUAAGAUUAAAUGUACCAUUAGAGGAUCACCUUACCAAAUGUCAUAUAUGCAACACUUUUGUGCCAGCAAAGGAAACUACUACAUAUCGGUACCAUAUGCUAAAAAGAGUAAAAGAUAUGAUGGACAUACCCGACCCUGUGGAUGCCGCUUUAGAAAAUCACGUAUAUGUUUGUCGGUCAUGUCACUUUGCAUCACAAGACAUUAAUGCUGUGAGAUUUCAUUUGAAUACCCAUGAAGAUGUGUAUCAAGUAAGAAGUGGUGAUGCAACUUGUAAAUGUAAUCAAAAGAAAUAUUCGUAUCCCUUUCAUAAAUGGAAGACAUUAAUUCACAACAGUAGUUAUUAUUGCUCUAAAUGCAAUUAUUACUUUGCUUGUGAAAAGGGAUUUUCCAGUCACCUACAAGCUAUUCAUUUUAUGAAAAAUUGUUGUAAAUUCUGCAAAGCUGUAGUGCCUGAAAAUGACAUAAUAUCCCAUGCUAAAUAUCACCAAACUGAAGACAAAAUCUCGUUAAACAAGGAAGCCGUCAAUCAGCAGGUUGUGUCUAUUGUCACACGUUCAUCUGGAGGGAAUUUUGGAAUUUCGUGGAAUAUAUAUGACAACUAUAUAAAUUUUUUGGAUGGAAAAAAUUUUCAUCUCAACACUAGUUGUAAAGUAUUUGAUCCAAAUCUUGACCGUAGUUAUCUGAAACUUCCCUUGAGAAAUGUGAUGGAAGAAGCAGUAGUACCUGACGAAGCAAGGAUUGAUCCAGGAAAAGAUAUUGCAAAAUAUCUAAAAGGGAAAAAAAGCAUUAAAAUAUCACUUGGUGAUGAUUAUGAAUUUAUAAAAAACUUUAGUUUGUCUAUACAAAUGGAGUUCCAAAAGAAAAUUCUAAAAAAGGGACGGAAAAGGCAUGGUAGCUGUCCCCGAAUUAAACGGGAAAAUGAUUUGUUUGACAUUUUGGGAAUUUCUACAAUGAGAUCGAGAGGAGCUCAAAAGAAGGAAGUGGUAACUUUUUCUAGUACGCCAAUUCUUUUGAAGAAUCCUAAAGCAAAAUUAGACCUAGAAGAUAAAAAGGAAGCUGAGAAUCCGGAAGUUCCCCUACUGACCCGAACUAGGUCAGGCAUGCAGUCUGGGAGAGGGGACCACGAUGAGAAAACUGAAGAAAAAUUUGAGUUUGCAGAGCCAUCUGUUGUAGUAGAUGGUGAAUGGUCCAAGGAACACACGUACAUCUGUUGUUCUUGUGGUGCCGGCUUUUUGAAUUUGGCUGACAUUAUGGACCAUAAGUGGGAGAUGCACCCAUCAGUAUGGUGUGCACAUACUAUGAUACAGGGACAAGGUGUAGUGCCACUUAGUUUCUGUCAACAAUACCAGCCUCCAACCAAUCGGCCAUACCGCUUACCACUGCCUGGGAUUCCGAUGCAGCAAUCCGCACCCAGCAGAAGAAAUUCGGAUGCAGAUGUGCCCGAGACAGAAAGGAAGGAUCAGAAGACCUGCUCUAGUUGCAAUAUGCACUUCCAGGACAUAAAUGUCUUCCAUGCCCAUUUAGUUGAUUGUGGUGGCCUCACUCUACUGUCAGCAACAAAAAAGAAAAGUAAAAAAGGAUUCAGGUUCAAGAGACGCAAAGGCCAAGGGGUUCCCAACAACCGGUACGGUAACUGCUCCCAGCCUAGCACACCACUUAAAGCCAAGUUUGGCGACAGAUCAUCUGGCCUCAACACUCCCCAGAAUGACCGAUCAUCCACAGCCUUCAUCCAUUCUUCUGGAGUAAAAAGACGACUGGAACUUGCAGUUGGUUCCAUUGAUAAUUUGGAGUUAAAGAACCGGCUCAAAGCCAUAAUUUCAGGGUCCCGUGGUUCUGGCAGUAAUACAUUUAGACUACCAGGCAAACGCACUGUCAGAAUGAAAUUAAGGAAGAAGGCAUUGGAAACCAGGAAACUAAGGAAAACUAGACACAGUGAUAGGGUUAAAGAAAACAUUCGAAAUGAAGAGAAAAAGGAUAUAAAGAAAAUUGUUGGUAAGAGUGAGAAUGAGAAUGUAGUUCUAGAUCAAGGAGCACAAAAUGAGGAAGAAUUGGUUGAUCAUAAAAUGAGUGCAUUGAAGGAUGUUACAUGUAUUGAGAGUGUAAAAGAAUUUAAGCAACCAAUUAAUGACGAUGUUGAAGAAUCCAAAAGUAAAGAGAAGUUGAAGAAAAAAGUUAGCAAAGUUGCUGGAGCUAAAGCUGAUGGUAAUACUGCGAGUGAAGUAAACAAGCCUCUUACUUUGUUGACCUUACAAGUUACUAGUGCUGUUAGUAGUUCAAAAAAUAAGAAAAGGUCAAAACAAGUAGGUGAUAAAGAAGCUUCAAAGGUGGUAAAGAAGAUACAAACAGAGAAGAAAAUAAAUGGAGUUAUUGAUAAAGAUAAGAAAGCUAAAAAGAAAGUUGAAUCUUUAAACAUUGGCACGCAAACUUCCCAGAAACACACAGAAUUGAAACUUAAGCAAUUGCCAUUGAAGAAACUGAGCAAUAAAGCUAAUAAGAUUGCCUUAGAUGUAAACCCUGCUGAAACUUGUGUGAAACAAAGUGAUCUAAUGAAGCUUGUUGGGCUAGUAGAAAAGAAAGAUUGUGUGCUCAAGAAGAGCAAAACUCUUGGAAAGCAAACUCUGGGUAAAAAGAUCAUAGGGUCAAAACUAAAGUCACUCUUGGGUAAGAAUGGUGAGGUUUCAGAUAAACCUGGAGGUAAAAUUGACAAAAAGCCACCCAAAAAAGUUAGCAGUAAAAAAAGAAAAUCACUUGAUUCAGAAUGUGUACUAGAUACAGAGACCCCUGCUACUGCAAGUUGUAUAGUUUCUUCUGUUACUCAGACUUCUGUAAUACCUCCCUCUCUUCCUCCAAGUUCUGCUAUAUCUUCUAAAGUUCUAGUGGAAGAAAAGAAAGCUAAGCUUAACAAAAUUAAAGAAAUGGGAAAUUUGGCUGAGGUGGUGAAAAAGCAUUCGCAAACAAAGAAAAGUGCAGAUUCUAAUACCUCUACAAUGAUCGAAGUAAUACCAAGUGAAGGUGAAUUAGUUAAUUGUAAAGAAACAAAGACAAAAGUACAAGAAAUUUUGAAGUCUGAAGAAAGUGAAGUUAAGGAAGCAGCAGAAAAGCAAUUGCCAAGAGGGAAGAAGCAAGUGUUGUAUUAUUCUUCUUCAAGUGAAGACGAGAGUGGUGACUCGUAUGAUUCAGAACCAGAAGUUAUUCGCAAUUUUCGAAGUGGACGACGUUGUGGAGGAAGAAUGGGACUGAGGAAUAAGCGGAUACCCAUAAAUACUCGUUACUCGUUCCGCACAUGCUCUUCAGUAAAGACAGACGAGGGUGAUUCAAGUGUAGAAGAAUCUGAUGAUAAUAAGCAAAAAAAGGUUGAUUAUCUAGAAAAGGAAGAAGAGGAAUUUUCUGAUGAGUUGCCUGUAACAUCAAAAAGAAGAAGAAAGGUAGCCAACUAUGAAAACCAGGAUGACUAUGCAUACGUUCCCUAUGAUAGCUCCUCAGACCUGGAUUGGUCAGAAAAAGAAAUUGAUUCUAAUAUAGAACAAGUGGCAUUGUCCAACAGAAAGAAAAGAAAAAUGGCAAGAAUGAAGGAGAUUAGUAAACCUUUAAGGUGUGUAUCACCAAUAGAUGACAGCUUGGCAAAAGAGUCAGAAUUGGAAGUGCCUGUUAACACUAAGCAGGCAAUCCAAUUACAACACGCUACUAGCAGUAUUGUUCCUAGUGAGGUGGAAAUGGAAGUGAAGCUGCAGAAAGGAAAAAAGAAUAAAAUUCAAGUGAAUACUGACACUUAUGAUUUUAGUGGGAACGAAGACAAUAUUGAAUGUAAGGAGAAAGUAAAUAGAAAGAAAAGAAAAUUGGCGAGUGCACUUGAUGAUAUCACAAGUAAAGAAGAAUUGACUUUGAAAAUGUUGCCAAAUAAAAAUAAACAUUUGCUGGGUAGAUUGAUUUGUAGUAAUAAGUUAGAGGAAGAUGUACAAGACACUGCUGAGAAACUACAAAGAAAAGGGAAUAUGGAAGAGAUACAGCCUAAAGUAGCUGUUAACAGUGGUCAGAAGGACACUGAAGGAACCUCAAUCAAAUUAAAAAGUAAACAUGUGAAAUCAAAAAAUGUUGCCAAAAAUGUUAUGGAAAUUGAAGAAUCUACAAAGAAAAUUGAAAAGAAAAAGUGUGUUAAAUUACCACCCGAAUCUAGAGUUAAUUUACACACAGGUGGGACUCUCCCCAUCAUAGGGAAAACACAAAAGAAGAAUGUGAAAUCCCGAACGACUUCCAUUGAUGCAAUUGUGAGCAGUGUUCAGGACACCCCCAUACCAGUGGUACAAGAUGAUGUACAGGAAGUGACCCCAUUAGUUUCCAAGAAGAAAAAUUCCUGGUUAUCGAGUACCCUUGUUUCCACAGCCAGUGAGGAGUCCACACUUGAAGGUGCAAAAAUUGUUAGGAAAGUACAAAAGAAAAAGAAACCAAAGUCUGAAUUAAGAGCUAUGGAGGUUUUUCAGCCUCCAGAGGAUAGACUUUUGGGGCAACUUCCUGAUGAGGGAAUAGUUAGAUUACCCUCAACUGCCAAAAGAAAAAAGAAAGUUAAGAAAAUAAGUCCAAAUAUUUUUGGCUGCUCUAAUCAGAAUUUUAGUACUGAUAAAGAAUUUUCUCACAUUUUGCCUGAAGAAGAGGAUGAUGAUCUUCCACUCGCAACUUUAGCACAAAAAAGCAAUAAAAAGAAAAAAUCGGCAUUAAAUAAGAAAAAUAACAAAAGUACGCAAAAAGAACCUAGGCAAAAGAAACCUUUAUUGAUGGCAAAGGCACCUUUUCUAGUAAAAAAGAAAGAUUCAUUGUUAAAAGAAUCCAUUGGUCAUGAUUCAGAAUCUUCAAGUUUUGAAGGUUUUAUUCCAGUGCCUUCUAAGAAGGCAGAUAAAAAUAAAAUGGGAGCGAGAAAACCUAGGAAAAGGUUAGAGCUGGUGAAAGCCAUACUGGAAGCUAAUAAUAGUAGCACUGCUAGUGACUCAGAGUUGUCAGAUGUUGCCAAGCCAAUUACCAAGCCAAAGAAAAUUCUUAACUGUUCUAAUGAAGCAAAUGUAAAAGAUUUAAACAUGCCAAAUCUAACUAAAGUUUCAAAAGCUGAAAGUGCAGAUCGUGAAAUUCAAAAGAGUUAUCAAUCUUCAGUAAGGAAAGCAUUUCCCCAGAAGACCUUAAAGACCACAAGCAUAGUGUGUGGAAGCUCAGAGAUCAACACCAAAGUCAUAAAGUCUUCUAAAGAAAAACUUGGCUGUUGUGUAUCACACACGAUGCCAAUUUUGGAACCAAUGAAUAUUUUUAAGGAAGAUAAGGGGGGACCUUUAGAUCUUUCUGAAAGUGAUAGUAAUGGUGAAGGAGAUCUAACUCUUACUCAGAAAACACCUGCCAGAGUCAAACGACAUCGAUCAUCGGUAGAAAAGAUUAAAGACAUUCCAACCAGAUCAUCCAUACUAGUUCAGGUGCAAGAUGGUCAAAAUCCACCUGAGUUAAAGGAAAUUACUAAUGAACUUAUGAUGGAAGAUGGUGGUUCAGUAUCUCUUCUUAUUGAACAUCAAGUGCCUCCUCUGAAAGAGGGAUCUUUGAAACCUCCACAGCCAAGAAAAAAGAGAAUCGGAUCUUCCCAAGAAGGUUUAUUGCAAACUAAAUCAGAGAGUACCCUAGAUUCUUCACUAGAAAUUUAUCCUAAAGAGAAGGUAAUUAGUUCAGUCAGAGGAGGAAUUAUUGCUGUGCAGAAAAAGCCAGAGAAACGAAAGAGAGCAGCUUCAACGUCAGGAGUGCCAUCCAAAGAUAAACAAGAGUUAGUCAAUGCUUUCAAGAAGGAUAUUGACCAAUCUCUUGUAAAUCUUGCUAGUCCCCCUAAAAAGAAUUGUGUAAAUACUAAAAGAAAGAAGACUAAUAACAACAAUAAACAGGAUGCAAAUGAACUUAGCUGUAUUGAUUGUGGAUUAAAGUUUGGGUCUCUUGCCUCACUAGAAGAUCACCAACAGGAUUGUGUUACAAUUGCUUUUGAGAUGAGUCUUAUGGAAGCAGAGGAUCAUCUUUUUGAGUGUCCACACUGCCAUUUAACUUUUGCACUAAAAGGAACCCAGAGAAAACACACAACUUCGUGUCGUAUGGUCAAGUAUAAGCGUACAACACACAGACAAGACAGCAAGACCUUAAAGAGAAAUAAAAAUUCUGCUUCUCUUCAUACUCAACUUUCAGAGGCUGUAGUUACUAUCAGUGAUGUAACCACUGUUCAAACAUCUUCAUGUAAAGCCUCUGUGAUAAGUCAGAGAUGUAGCAAAGAAAAUGUUGCAAGUGACAAUGAUAGGGCUUCUACCUCACCACAUAGUGACAGUUGUGUAGCAUCUUUAGUAAAUCAAACUGAGAAAAUAGGUACUAGUUUGAUUGAAAGUAAUCUGAAGGAAAUUGUAAAUAAGGCUGAUAAUAUGCAGAGAGUAGUGCCUAUAUCUGCAAGAGGUAGUCCUAGAACCAAAAAAGAAUCUCAGGUCAAUGGAAGACUAGUGAAUGGUGAAUUUUUAGAAUUAUCUCCUGUGAAAAUUGGUAAUAACGAGCAGUGUUGUGUGUGUGGAUACGAGGUCACAGAUCAAGACACGUCUAAUAAACAUCAGUUGUUACAGCAUUUCUCUAAUCGUUGUCAGCAACAGGCAGUACUAGAGGUGUGUGCAGUGGUCACUUAUUACAACCUUGGUAUUGAUGCAGUCAGGGCAUUGGUAUCUUCUGCAAUUAUAUACCAAGGUUCAACUAUUCUUAGUCUUGAUGCUAAGCAACAGUCAUCUUUAAAUUCAAGCCCCGUCUCAACAAAUGCCUCUAGCAGUUGUGCCAUAAAGCUCAGAGAGAUUUUAGCUUCCCCACACUGCACAAGGGUGUUGUCUACUUUAGAGACUAUUGCUAAGCAUCAUCUGGCCUCGGACUCUGUUAGUAUCAGUGGCACUCGUCAGGAAGCCUUAAAAGCUGUCUCUGCUCUUGAGGAAAUACUUAAAGAAAUAUCUGAAGUUGAGAGCGCAAUUAAAAAAAAUCGUAUGCUCAAAUCUAUGAGAGAAACCUUUGAAGCAGGAACUCUAACUUGAAUGAUGAUGCAUAUGAGAUAAAUGGUAGUCAGGAUAAUGGUUGUGACUUUCAUACACAGUAAUUUUAUUUAAUUUCAUGCAAUAAUUGUGACACACUGCAAAUGGUGAUAACAUGCAGCAAGUCAUGGGCAUUUUUUUUGUGAAUAUCACAACAUAGGAUUAUUUUUCAAAGGACCAGUACAUUACAUGUGAAUAAAAAAUGUAAAUUGUUUUUUAUUGUGAAUGUUACAUUUCACAAUAAUUCUGAUAAAUGUCUGGGCAGUAUCUUUGAGUUUGGAGUUUCCAGUUCAUAUAUAUGCAUGAUGGUAAAAAAAAAUCAAAAUAUUUAUUGUAGACUGACCUAAAGUUGUAUAUUAGUGUGUAUAUUUGUUAUAGUUAGUCUAGAAUGAAUAAUUGAGAUUUAACCUGCUUUGAAACAUACUUUACUGAUAAAAUUUGGUCCAGAUAUGCACUGAGGCUGGAUCAUGUUGCAGAUAUAGCUCUGUACUAUUUUUAUGUAUUUUCCGAUAACCACAGAAAAAAAAGGCAGUUUUAUAAAUAUUUGUAAGCAGUCAUUUUACAGCUGAUGAAUUUUAAGGAAACUUUGCAUAAGUCUUAUUUAUAGAAUAUCCAGCAAAUAAUUACCAGACCAUCCUUAAGAAUUGCCCUUACACCCCUAGGUACUCCCCUUACACCCCUAGGAAUUCUCGAUUUAGUAAGUUUGUGUGUUAUUUGUGGUUGCUCUCUGCUUGGAGGUAAUGUCCUGUAUGCAGUAUUGCAUUAGAAUUCUAUAGUGAAAUGUGGCAUCUUCACAAAAUGUGCAUAUUAAUUUGUGAAUUAUAAUUUUUGAUCCAAUGUGGAUAUAUUUCUAUCAAAACCUGCUUAUGUAUACAGUAGCCAUUUGUUAAUGUAGGAACUAUUUUAGAUAUUGUAUCUAAAUGUCUCUUGAUCUCAAAACAAGUCAAAUUGAUUCUGUACAGUGUGUUUGAGGAGAUUACUUGGCAGCACAGCUUUGGCAUUAAGACAGCUGUGCUUCUGUUUUUUUUUUUUUUUUUAAUGUAAGGAUACUGCAUUUUGGAGAGACACCUCACUCAUUUUCUUGCUUCAUAUUGACAACAGCAGCACGUAUUUACAGAUAAUCAUUAUAUAACAUAAAUAUAUUAUAUACAUACAUUAUAUAUAUAUUAUAUAUAUAAUAUAAUAGUAUAUACUGUAUAUAUAUAAUAUAUACAUAAAAUAUUUAUAUACAUACUGUAUAUAUUUUUUUUUUUUUCCUUCUUAAUCUUUCCCAUAUUUAAAAGUAAAUAUCCAAUGCUUGCUGUUGGUUACUCUUUUCCGUCACUUAGUUUUAAGACUGUGUGUAAGUUUGUCUUUUCAUAUUAUUUAUAAAAUACAUUUUUGUACUAAACAGUAAUAUAAGAAUAAAUGGAGAUGCAUGAAGUUCAUAAGUUUAUAUCUGAUUCAACACUAUUAAAUUGGAAUACAA